GGUCAAAACUGCACCAGGGAAGGCAUAGACUGGACAUCAGAAAGUAUAUUUUUACCAAGAGGGUGGUCAAACACUGGAACAGCUUCUUGGAGAGGUGGUCAGUGACUCAGCUCUGCCAGAAUUUGGAUUUCAGAAUAUGCUUUAAAUUCUGAUUUCACCGUGCUUUCUGCGAAGAGCCCCAAAACGCCAAGGGUGGAGCCCCAAGCAGACCAGGAAGCAAAGCCACAGCACCGUGUGGCUACGCCAAGCUACAGGAUAAAAUUUGGUAAAUAACUGACAGCUUUCCAAAGGAAGGAUGAGCUUUCUGCUUUUCCAGCAUGGCCCAGGACCUGAGACCAUGUGCUUUAUCCCAAUUCCAGACCUGGAACACCAUAUCCCACUGCCCUCCAAGUCAUUCCCGCACCCAGCAGCUCAGUUAAUAACCAAAGGAUCCAGAAACCAGGCUUGAUUUUGAACUGGAUCUGGGAAAACAGACAUCUUUGGGCAACCCCAGCCCUGCCAGCCCAUGGAAUCAUUUCUCCAAAGCACGUGGAAGCCCAGCCUGCUGCCACUUGCCCUUUGACAGUUGUUGGCCAGUGCAACACAUGUGACACAAGCCAGCUCUGGGCUCGUGGAGCCAGACUGGAAGGAGCAAACAAACCUUGUCACAUUUCCCAUCCAAGCCCUGGCAUGGGGCCACACCUUGCAGUGCCAGCCGUGUUUUUCCUUUUCCAUGGGACCAGCCCCAGGACAUAAACCUAGGGAAGAGCCAAGGCAUGGCAGGAGUCUGCUCGUUGUGGUGAUGUCACCUCAUCAGAGAACUCGUUCCUCUGCAAAUCCCAAUCCAGACUGGAGCUGGGCUCUCCCCUGAUCACCCCAAGGGAAUCCGCCCACAGCAUCAACAGCAGGUGGUGGAGGGUGGGAAAAUAUAUAAAGCUCCCUGGGAGCAGCUCUCUGGACCUGUCCUGGCUGCCUGGAUCUGCUCUCAGCAUGAAGAAACUCCUGGUGGGAUUCCUGCUGGGCCUGGCAUUUGUGGAGUUGGCCCAGUCCCUGCGAUGUUACACGUGCAAGGAGCCCACCGACAUUUCCAAAUGCAAGACGGCCGUCGUGUGCUCCCCAAAAGCCAACGUGUGCACCACGACGCUGCACUCUGUGGAGAUAGGUUAUCCCUUUUUUGGCAACAUCACCGUGACCAGAGCCUGUGAGGAGGAAUGCCUCCCCGACAACGGGAUCGGGUCAUCCAGGCCCAAAUCCUGCUGCUACACCGACCUGUGCACGGAUGACACCAAGAGCAGCAGCGGGGUGAGGAGCAGCUCCGCAGCGCUGGCUCUGGUGGCCGUGGUGGCUGGCACGGUCCUCCAGUGCUCCCUGUGAGGUCACAAGAGUCCCAGCUCCAGCUGAAAUCCCACCACUCUCCCUGCCAAGCUGCCUCAUGAACUCUUAGAUGCUUUGGGAAUGUCCUUCUUCGCUGAUGUGCAGUUUCACCCCAUCUUCAACGCUGGAUUCAAGCCAAGAGUUUGGACACCUGGACUUAAACCCCUCAGAUCUCCAGUUUCCAGCUGUUUAAGCAGAUGUUCCUCACCUUCAGCUACUUCUGGUUGUCAGGACCCACAGAGAAUGGGUUGGGCUGGAAGGAACCUUCAGGAUCAUCCAGUUCCCACACCCUGCCAUGGGCAGGGACACCUUCCACUAUCCCAGGUUGCUCAAAGCCCGAUCAACCUGGCCUGGAACAAUCCCAGGGAUGGGGCAGCCACAGCUUCAGCUUCUCUGGGCAACCUGUGCCAUGUCCUGAUUGAGAGGAGCAGAUGGAUUUGGGCCCAGUUACUUCCUGCCCAUCAGGGUGUGGGGUGGCAACUGCAGAGAGCCAGCGCUUAACUCCAAGAAUAAGCUAAGGAAUGAGUUCAGAAGGGCUCAGCUUCCAUGUGGGAACGGGAUGGAUUUCUGGAAAGCUCAGAACACUCCCUGGACUGACAGACAUGGGUAGGUCAGAACUGAAAUGCAAAUUUCCAAGUUUGGCCAGACAAACACGUGCCCCCCACCCCCUCUCAGCUUCUUCCUGAGCUCAGGUUGCUGUUGGAGCUCCCAGACUUCCCUUUCCAGAUGUUUUAAAGACUAUUCCAAGCAAGUUCUUCUCUUAUUCUGCCCUGGAUAUUAAAAAUAAUGGUUAUCCCAGACCCUCAGCUCUGGGAAAAAUCACUUAAAAUUGCUGGGAUCCCAGCUGGGAUUUGCUUGCAGCAGAUGUGGGAUUGAUUCUGAUGCCCUGUCUGCUGUAAAAGCAGCUGGAGUGGAAGCAGAUAUGAAUGAGCCAGGUGUGCCCAGCUCGCAGAGAUCCAGGAAAUUUGCCAUCCCCUCUGUUCCUAUUGCCAGAGAUCAUCCAGAUGAUCGGGAAGCAAGGAUCAAGUGGAGCAUGGAUACACCCCGUGCACCAUCCCUGUGUGUUCGCGGCAUCCCUGCGACCUCCUCUGUGGCAAAGUCUAUUUUUCCUCCAUUAAUAUUUUUUUUUAUUAUUAUUUUUUCUACACUGUUUCCACAAGAAGCCAAAGAAUGAGGCUCUUUUUCCUCCCUGCACAGAGGGAAUUGUUUCUCAAGGUCUGUCUCAGUACCAUUUAGAAGAAAAACUCUGACAAUUUUGCAUUCCUUGGCAGAGGUCCCUGUGAGCUCAGGAGGAUGAUGAGCCCUUUUUCCUGGAGGUGAAACCCUCAGAGCUCCACUAAAACACUGACAACUUCCCUGAGAACCCCCUGGCAAUGCUGAGAUCUGCAGGGAGCAAAUGCCAUGCAGAGGAUAAUAAUUGGAAGUUACUCAAAUCCCAGUAUUCCACCCUCCCUCGCAGACACUGAGCACCAGCCCCUGCUUCCCACUCGUCUGUUCAGUUUUUCCCUGCUUCAAAACCAGUCAGAUGUGUCAGGCCAGGAGCAAAGCUCCAUCCCAGCCAUCCUCAGAUGACAUUCCUUUUUUUUUUUUAUCCCGGCUUCCAGCUCUGUCUCCAGCAGCCUUUCCACAUUUUCUGCAGAAUCCUGGGCUCUGCCUUCCACGUGUGGAUGGGGCAGGGUCUGGACACAGAGGGACUGGGAGGGU